UUCCAGGUAUUUUUUAUUUUUUUGUAUUAGAUUCAGGGAUGGUUUUAGGCGUCCAAAGGCUGAAAUUCAACAACACUACUUCAGCUUCUACAAAGUCCAGUGAAGACACAUCCGUCGAGGGCCAACUGUCUCUGAGGAGGAGAGAAGCUGAAAAUUCAUCGAACAGGGCUGAGUGCGCGUGCGCCUGUUGCGUUUCCCUGGCAACGGGCCAGGCCCAGCCGAGGCUUCGCUUCUUGCCUCUGUGGCGGGAUAUGUACGAAUGGAUCCGAGGCAAUAUCACGUCGCUCUUCUCUGCCGGGCCGGGAGCACCGCAACUCAGUGUUCCUAACCGGAGUAGCGCUGUUCCCGUCAAGAGGAACUACCGGAGUGUCCAGGCUUCUAAUGAUGAAAUUGAAUGGAUAUCAGUAAAAAGGCGAAGGCUGGGUUACUUUGUGAAUACAGUUAAGAAGUCUAUAUCAGGAUUUGUCAGCUAUAUGAGGUCAUUGUCACCAUUUGGUUACAAGGACAUGCAAGUAGACUCCAAAUCCACCGUGCAGACAAAGCCAACCCAGCAGUUGAAACAGGUUCUUUCCACCUCUCUGACUGAUCUUCGUUAUUGCAGUUCUGGUGAAUCUUUACCAAGAGCAGAUUUAAAAUUUGAUGUUGACCGAGAAUCAAGGAGAAGAAAUUAUGGAAAUGAAAGGAAUUGGCAUGAAUUUGACAAGAUAAAACUGGGAACGUUCUGUGAGCUUCCAGGAGAAACCAGUGAGCAGCAGCCUUUUCCUCUAAAGCACCAUAGCCUUCCGCCAACACCAUCACCAGUCAGGAAAAAUGUCAGAAGCCACUACUGCACUGUGAAUGAGAGCAUAGAGAAGAAUGAAAAAGAACAGUAUCAACUCCUGUUACGACUGGUAGCUGCAGGAUUAGCCAAAAAGUCUAAGCAGCAACCUUCGGUUUCUGCAUCCAAUCCAACACAACGUGUUAGCUCUGCCAGUCCCAGCCAGUGUCGUUAUAUAAAGGCUGAAUUCAAGGACAGACACAGUGAUUAUGAAAACAAUCCAAUAGCACUGCCAACACUAAAACUGGGUUCAUCCUUCCGAAAGAACCCUAGUAUUGUCAAAUCAUCAUCAGUGAAUGCCACUAUAAGGCAGAUCUGCAAUGAUGAUCAAUCAGAAGUCCCGCAGAUGACUGGAGGAAACCCGACUGCAAGAAUGAAAGAACGUGUAGUGGAGCAGAAUAUAGAGCGUGACCUAUCAGAUGAAGUGGCAGCGCGAUUGUACCUGGAUGAAGGAGAUGCAACAGCACCUGUCAAUAUGCCAACCUGUCAAAUCCUAAAGGAAAAUCUAAGCAUCUUAAGUAAAGAGCAAAGAAGAGAUCUUCCCCAAUUUACAGAGAGAAUGGUGGAGGAGGUAAGGAAGGCCCUUGACUAUGGAGAGCCUGAUGAAGUUCUCAGCACUGGCUUUAAACUGAGGAUAACACGAAAGGACAUUGGCACCCUGUGUAAUUUCAGCUGGUUAAAUGAUGAGGUGAUUAACUUCUACAUGUGCUUAAUUAUGGAAAGAAAUAAAGAGGCCUGUUUGCCCAGAGUUUACGCAUUCAAUACUUUCUUCUGGCUGAAAUUGCAUACUGGAGGUUACCAGACAGUAAAGCAAUGGACUAAAGGAGUUAAUUUAUUUGAAAAGGACCUCAUACUGGUACCGGUACAUUUAGGAGUGCAUUGGUGUUUGACGGUUGCAGAUUUAAGAAAAAAGGUGAUCCUUCAUCUUGAUUCCAUGGGUCAGUGGAAUGAUGAUGUGUGCCGGACGCUGCUACGAUAUCUGCAAGAAGAAAGCAAGAACAAGAAAGGCUGGCAUUUGGAUUCCUCUGAGUGGAUUCUCCGCAGCAUGAGAUCUCAUGAAGUCCCACAGCAAAUGAAUGGAAGUGAUUGUGGAGUAUUUGUGUGCAAAUAUGCUGAUUACAUUGCAAGGGAUGAGCAGAUUACCUUCACCCAGCAUGACAUUCCAUACUUCAGGAUGAAAAUGGUUUGGGAGAUUCUCCACAAAAAGUUAUUGUGAAGUUCGGCUGUUGGUAGAAACAUUAUUAAGGAUGAGGUGGUAAUGAUUUAAGUGUAUCUGUUCUGGCCUUUGAAUGGACAGAAAUGUGCCAAAUGCUGGACUCUUACUGGAGCCUGCAUCUCCCACCUUGUAUUUGAAUGGGGAUGGAAUGAGAUGCUAAUUGUCAUUAUCCUCACCUAUUCCUCAUUGAGGUUUUGUGAGUAUUUGAAGAUGGUAGAUAACAAAAGUAAGUUAACUCAGUAUGAACUGAACAUCCAGCUUGACCGUCCUUUUUUGACAAGCCCCCAAAACUGACUUCUGGCAAAAAAGGUGGUGAUCAGAACUGUGUUUCAGUGUAUGUGUUUCAGUAAUGCACCUAACAGCAAUAAAACCUCCAGAAAAGUGGGGUGAGGAUUUCUUGUCUUUAUGCCCUUCCAAAACAGUGUGUGCAGUUUGUAAUGCCAGCAACUCAAUGCAGAUAAAGAAAGACUUUUCCUUUCCUAGACACCUGGGGCAAGUAUAAUGCUUUUUAGAUUUGGCUGGUGUAAUUGUCAUCGUGGUAAUACAGUCACUCCGUUAUUACAGCAACUGCAUCUGUGUGGAAACCGUUGGAUUGGUAAUUCCUUUGGAUACUGUAUGCUCUUCCAAUGUUUUGUCUACUGAAAUUUAUAUUUAUGACUUUCACAUUUAAUAAAGUUUAUUUUGUUUUCA